AAAAACAAAUAUGGCGGAACCGUGCGUAAAAGUAAAAAAAGUGUAAAAAUUCGCUAUUAAACCGAUUCUAAACGAGAUGAAAUCGCAUUGAAACCGCCUAAUAAAACCUCCGCAUCCCGCGAAAUAGAAAUUUCAACCUCCAAAGAAGUUGAAAAUAAUAGUGCGCCGCGCGCUUGUGUUUGUGGGUGAUGCGAUGCAAUUUGGCCAGCAAUUUGUUAUUACGUGACCCCAAGAACGCCGCAAAAAUUUGCCAGGCCAAAUCGAAAGUAAUCAAAAAAUAAAGAGCAGGAAACAGACUUGCUAUUGGCGGCAAGUGAUUCUGAGUAGCCGCAAUGCGAUUUGACCGCGGGUUCACAGUAAAUGAGUUUAAUUGCGCUGAGAUUCACUUAAACGGCAGCAGUGCCAUCGCCUGAGAUGCCAAGAGGCUUGCCGGCGGGAAACAGCAAGUGCGAAAACUAGGACAGCCCCAAGGGAGCCAAGUGAGCAGCCAUGUCAGGGGGACGGGACAGCACCACCAGCAGCGGAAGCAACUCUGCUGCGGCCGGAGCAAGUUCGAAUGCAACCUCCUCCUCUACAUCAGCAUCCUCCGCUAGCGCCACAUCGCCCGCAUCAGCGCAGCGUCAACGGGGAAGACCGGCCAAACGGGCCACGUGCACCUGGUGCGGCGAGGGCAAACUGCCUCUACAGUACGUCCUGCCUACACAAACGGGCAAAAAGGAGUUUUGCUCAGAAACCUGCAUCGCCGAAUUUCGCAAAGCGUACAGCAAGGGGGCGUGCACCCAGUGCGAUAACGUCAUCCGAGAUGGAGCGCCCAACAAGGAGUUCUGCUCGAUCAUGUGUAUGAACAAGCACCAAAAGAAAAACUGCUCCACUAGGCAUAGUGGCGGUUCAGCAUCGAGCAAGGGCUUGGCAGAAAAUGAGCGCAAAUUGCUGGCCAGUGGAGCGCCCGCACCGACGGGACCAUUCCAAUAUGAAAGCUUUCACGUUUUCGACUGGGAUGCCUAUCUGGAGGAAACGGGUAGCGAAGCUGCUCCUGCAGAAUGUUUCAAACAGGCUCAGAAUCCUCCCAACAACGACUUCAAGAUCGGCAUGAAACUGGAGGCUUUGGAUCCGCGAAACGUCACCUCUACCUGCAUUGCCACCGUGGUUGGAGUGCUGGGCUCCAGGUUGCGGCUACGACUCGACGGAAGUGACUCUCAGAACGAUUUUUGGCGGCUAGUGGACUCUACCGAGAUACAUGCUAUUGGACACUGCGAAAAGAACGGAGGAAUGUUGCAGCCACCGCUGGGUUUUCGUAUGAACGCAUCCAGCUGGCCCGGCUAUCUGUGUAAAAUUCUCAACAAUGCCAUGGUGGCGCCUGAGGAGAUCUUCCAACCUGAGCCGCCUUCGCCUGAGGAGAACCUUUUCAAGGUGGGCCAGAAACUAGAGGCUGUUGACAAGAAGAAUCCUCAGCUGAUUUGCUGUGCCACUGUGGACGCUAUCAAGGAUGAUCAGAUCCAUGUAACCUUCGACGGCUGGCGAGGGGCAUUUGACUACUGGUGCAAUUACCGAUCGCGUGAUAUUUUUCCCGCCGGCUGGUGCGCCCGGAGUUGUCACCCAAUGCAACCGCCGGGCCAUAAAUCGCGCAUGGACUCUAGUUCCAGUAAGCAGCGAUGCCCGCGUCCUCGCUACACAGUUGUAGCCGAAUCGGAGGCUAUGGUUCCCGCAUCUCCGGCCACCGCCCACUUUCAUCCCAACUGCAAGGGCGGUCCGUUCAUCAACAACUCCAAACUACCAUGCAUGGUGACAGGGCCUACAUACCAAACGCUGGCAAAGCUGUGUUUGCAAGAGGUUUUGGCAGCCAGUACCGAUACGCAGCAGCUAUCCAAGUUGCUGUUCGCUUUGGAAGGAGACGUUCACAUCGUUACGGCAGCGGGAAAAAAUUUUACAGUUAAAAUACCAUCACCUUUGCGGAUGAAGGAUGACGAAAGCUUGGCCCAAUUUAUCGAAACGUUAUGCACUACAUGCCGGGCAUGUGCGAAUCUCAUUUCCUUGGUCCACGAAACGGAGGAGUGCAAAAAGUGCGCAAAUAGUCGGAAGCGACAACUGACUCAGUCAGCCACACCGCCUUCCUCGCCAGUGCUGGCCGACAAACGAAAUCGUCAGUCCAACUCGGCAACCACUUCACCAUCUGAAAAGAACAUCAAACAAGAGGUUGGCGCCAAAUCACCGGCGGAGACCAAAUCGAAAACACCUACGAACAAUGGAAAGGAAUCUACAAAUCAUCAGAAUAGCCACAGUCUCAACAACAGCAGUCCCAGCAAGUCCAGUACCAAGGUGGUCAUAAAAACGGAGCCCAAUGGAGUGUCUGCCCAGACGUCCUCCACAACACAAGCGCUUCGUAAAGUACGCUUCCAGCACCAUGCGAGCAGCAAUAGCAUUGUGGCCAAUGGAAACCAGGACGCGACCCCGACCACGCCCGUUUCCUCUAGCCAUUCCAGCAGCUCUUCAACAUCAUCCAGCACAAGUUUGGCUGGAGGGUCUGCCAACACCAGUUCCAUUGGAAAAUAUCUGGCACCUCUGGUUGCCGAAGUUCAUCCUGAGCAGGUCAAUGUAAAGCCCUCGAAUAGCUAUUACAAAAGUCCGACGACGCUCUCAUCCAGCGCCUCGUUGCCCACAUCCGUGUCCACGCCUUUCACGGGCUGCCAGUCAGCCUCGUCCACUGCACUGGCUGCAGGCGGAGUUACGGCGGCAAAGGCAGCUACCGCGCCGGCAGGAGCAGCGGCAACUGCGGCAGCUUCCUCGAGCUAUACCGCGAUUACCUCACCCCUCAGCACACCCACGUCUGCUUCAGCGAACUCGCAUCUGCGGUCGCAGCCCAUCGACUGGUCGAUCGAAGAGGUUAUUCAGUACAUCGAGAGCAAUGACAAUUCCCUCGCAGUUCAUGGCGAUCUCUUUCGAAAGCACGAAAUCGAUGGUAAAGCUUUAUUAUUGCUAAAUUCAGAGAUGAUGAUGAAGUACAUGGGCCUAAAGCUAGGACCAGCCUUAAAAAUCUGCAAUUUAGUAAAUAAGGUCAAUGGUCGUCGAAAUAAUCUGGCACUCUAAACUAACACUUAGUUGCAAGAAGAGGAGUUGGACUUACAUAGAAAUUGUUAACAAAUUAGUACCUCCCUUUAACGUAAAGCGAAGCAAAACAUGAACGAUAUUCAUAGAUGUGUUAUGUGUUGGCCAUUCAUGAAAAAAGAUCCAUAACCUUAUUUUAUUAUAUUGAUAAUAUAAUCGCGAAAACAUGAAAUUCCCUAUACAAAACAGUCGCAUAACAAAUUAUAGACAGCCAUGCUUCGGUUUUCAAAACCAAACUUAAUUUUUUUCAAAAAUGCCUUAAGAAUUCUAAUUAGGUACCUAAAGUAUAUCAAAUUCCACUACCGUAUAUCUUUUUUUAAGUGUAGACAGAAUUCUUUUCUCGAAUUAGUUUUAUUAGAUUAUUCAAAUUUACCCAGUCAAAGGAGUAUACGUACAAACAUAAAAUUAAGUUGAUUCCCCUAUUUCAAAGUAAUCGAAAUUAUUCCUAAACUGUCACUAAAUUUAUUAUUUCCCUUGAAGACUGGAGUUCGGCUACCAAAAACGCAAUGCACAUACAUGAUAUUUAUUACACAUAAACACGCACAUUAGACACCAAAAUCUAUCCGACACAAAAAAUGAUAAUUAACUUUAGAAUAGGCGAAAAAAAACAAACACAUAUAAAGUGAAUGUACAUAUUUUACAUAUAAUUUUGUAAUUAUGUAUCAAUUGCGUUUCCUAACUAUAACAAUAUUUAAUUAGUCAUUAAACAAAUUGAUGGUAUAAUUUCUAUUAAGUUAUUGAAAUUGAAUAUCAAUUUUUAGUUAAAUCAACAUCAGUUAAGGUCAUUUCGAAACUAAGAACCGCUUCCUUUUAAAGUUUUGCAAUAUAUGCGAUAUAGAGUAACAUUCGGUCGUGUAAAGUAUUGCAAUAAGUCUCAUUAUGUUUACCCAACAACCACUUUCAAAUACAAAAUUUAAAUAGA